UUCCAGCAUGGCGGUGCAGCCGAAGCAGAACCUGUCCAUGGACAGCGCCACGGAGCAAGGCUUCCUGAGCUUUGUUUUCUCCAUGCCGGAGAAACCGGACACCACGUUCAGGAUAUUCGACCGUAACGAGUACUACACCGUCCACGGGAAAGACGCUUUGUUCGCAGCGAAGGAGGUUUUCAAGACUAACGGGGUCAUCAAGUACCUGGGCGCAGGAAAUCGUAAGCUGGAGAGUGUGAUCCUGAGCAAGUCGAACUUUGAGGCGUUUGUGAAAGACCUGCUGCUGGUGAGACAGUACCGAGUGGAGGUUUACAAGAACCACAGUAAGAGCAGCAAGGAGCAUGACUGGAAGAUUGAAUACAAGGCCUCUCCGGGAAACCUGACUCAGUUCGAGGAGAUCUUGUUUGGUGGGUCCGGUGGCGGAGCCGGAGCCGACGGCUGUGCCGGCGUGGUCGCCGUGCGCUUCGCUUCGGGAGCCGACGGCCAGCGUGUGGUCGGCGUCGGUUACGUGGACGCAGCCCAGAGGAAGAUGGGAGUCUGCGAAUUUCCCGACAACGAGAUCUUCUCCAACCUGGAGUCUUUGCUCGUUCAAAUCAGCCCCAAAGAGUGUCUGUUGGUGCAGGGCGAAGGCAACGCGGAUGGGAGCAAACUGCGAGAGGUCGUGCAGCGUGGCGGCGUGCUGGUCUCGGACAGAAAGAGAGCAGAGUUCAACAGCAAGGACAUGGUCCAGGACCUCAACAGGCUGCUGAGGGCCAAGAGAGGAGAGACGGUGGCGAGCAACACUCUUCCUGAGCUGGAUAAGCAGGUCGCCAUGUCCUGUUUGGCGGCUGUGGUCCGUUUCCUUGAGCUGCUUUCAGACGAGUCCAACUUCAACUCGUUCAGCCUGUCCACCCUGGACCUGGGUCAGUACAUGAGGCUGGACAACGCCGCCGUGCGGGCUCUCAACCUCUUCCAGGGUUCGCCUGAAGACACCAGCGGGGCUCAUUCGCUGGCCGGGCUGCUCAACAAGUGCCGCACUCCUCAGGGUCAGCGGCUCGUCAACCAGUGGAUCAAGCAGCCGCUCAUGGACAAAACCAAGAUAGAAGAGAGGCUGGACCUGGUGGAGAGCUUCGUGUGCGACGCCGAACUGAGGCAGACCUGCCAGGAGGACCUGCUGCGGCGCUUCCCCGACCUCCACCGCCUGGCCAAGAAGUUUCACCGUCACUCGGCGACCCUGCAGGACUGCUACCGCGUCUACCAGGCCGUGAGCCAGAUCCCAGCGCUCAUCGCAGCCCUGGAGAGACACUCCGGAAGCUUCCAGGUCCUGCUGCAGGCGGUCUUCCUGUCUCCUCUCGCCGACCUGCAGUCCGACUUCACCAAGUUUCAGGAGAUGAUCGAGACGACUCUGGACAUGAACCAGAUCGACCACCACGAGUUCCUGGUGAAGGCGUCGUUCGACCCGGUGCUGAGCGAGCUGAGAGAGAAGAUGGACGCGCUGGAGAAGAGCAUGCAGGCGGUGCUGAGCGGCGCCGCCAGAGAGCUCGGUCUGGACGCCGGUAAGACGGUGAAGCUGGAGUCCAACGCCGUGCUGGGCUUCUACCUGCGGGUCACGUGCAAGGAGGAGAAGAGCCUGAGGAACAACAAGAAGUUCACCACGCUGGACGUGCAGAAGAACGGCGUGCGCUUCACCAAUAGCAAGCUGAGCUCUCUGAAUGAGGAGUACACCAAGAGCAGGGAGGAGUACGAGGAGGCGCAGAACGCCAUCGUGAAGGAGAUCAUCAACAUCGCCUCAGGUUACGUCGACCCCCUGCAGACCCUGAGCGACGUGAUCGCGCAGCUGGACGCGGUGGCCAGCUUCGCCGUGGCGUCCGUCUCGGCGCCCGUGCCGUUCGUCCGGCCGCGCCUCGCCGCCGACGGCCGGCGGCGGCUGGAGCUGCUGCAGGCCAGGCACCCCUGCAUGGAGACGGACGCCGACACGGCCUUCAUCCCCAACGACGUGUCCUUCGUCCAGGGCGAGAAGAGCUUCUACAUCAUAACGGGACCAAACAUGGGCGGGAAGUCGACCUUCAUCCGGCAGGUGGGCGUGAUCGCCCUCAUGGCCCAGAUCGGCUGCUUCGUGCCGUGCGAGAAGGCGGAGCUCAGCGUGACGGACAGCAUCCUGGCCCGGGUGGGGGCGGGAGACAGCCAGGUGAAGGGGGUGUCCACCUUCAUGGCGGAGAUGCUGGAGACGGCGGCCAUCCUGCGCUCGGCCACGAAGGACUCGCUCAUCAUCAUCGACGAGCUGGGCCGCGGGACGUCCACGUACGACGGCUUCGGCCUGGCCUGGGCCAUCAGCGAGCACAUCGCCUCCCGCAUCGGCUGCUUCUGCCUGUUCGCCACGCACUUCCACGAGCUGACGGCGCUGGCGGCGCAGCAGCCCGCCGUGCACAACCUGCACGUGACGGCGCUCACGUCGCACGACACGCUCACCAUGCUGUACCGAGUCAAACCGGGAGUGUGCGACCAGAGUUUCGGGAUCCACGUCGCCGAGCUGGCUUGCUUCCCGCCGGCCGUCCUCGCCGUGGCGAAGGAGAAGGCCGAAGAGCUGGAGGAGUUUCAGGAACCUGCCGGGGACGCUGCGGAGCAGGACGACGGCCCCGAGGCCAAGAGGCGACGAACCGACAAACAGGUGGGAGAAGAACUGAUGCAAGACUUCCUGCAGAAGGUGAAGUCACUUCCUGUCGCCACCAUGUCUGAGGAGGAGGUGAAGGAGGCGCUCAGGACCAUGAAGCAGGAGCUGGCCGCCAAAAACAACACGUACAUCGGCGAGAUCCUCGCACGCUGCGUCUCCGUGAAAACUGCUUGACGGUCAAACACAAUGUCUUAUUAAAAUGU